AUGGUUGAUGGGUGUAGAGGGCGGAACGGCAUGGGAGAAUCUCAGAGCUUGAGAAUAAAACCAAUACUACAAAAGAAUAUAUAUUAUUUUCAUCACCGAAGACAUCGCUUCUCUGGCACGCAGUUCGAUGGACCAUUUCAAUCACACGUUCGCAUCUUAGUGAAAGAAUGUGAAAGGGUCGGCGAAGAGAUUAACAAAUACCACAAAUAA